UGUGGCAACGGGAGCUGCUUUUUCCCCGUGCUUUCGAGUUUCACAGGCCGGGGGAAGGACGGGCGGGGUGUAGGGUUACAGCACGGGAAGUCCUCCCUGCUCCGCGGGGCUGCGGACAGCCCCUCGCUGCCCUGUCCCAUCCCUGUCCCAGCUCCUCACUUCCUUCUCGCUCUGUCUCGAGCAGCAAAGUUUGGCAAAAGCAGUAGAUAGCAGCUGCGGAGAGGGAGAAAAGAAGAAGGUUUUGUGCUUGCUCCCAGCCCUUUUCCACAGGCAUUUCCAGCCUGUACACGGGGCCGUGGGGAUGCUGGGCACGGUCCCAGGGUUCACUGUCCCAACCCACGUCCCCUGCUUCCACUUCCAGCCCCGCCGGGCUGGCGUGGACUGGCGUCGCUUCAGCGCCGUGGACGUGGAGCGGGUGGCCCGGGAGGUGGAUGUGGCCACGCUCCAGGAGCACAUCACCAGUGUCACCUUCUGCAACCUGGACGGGGAGCAGUGCCCCCACUGUGGGCAGCCGGCGGACCCUGUGCUGCUGAAGGUGCUCAAGAUGGCCCAGCUGAGCAUCGAGUACCUGCUGCACUGUCAGGAGCACCUGGGGAACAGCCUGGCCACGCACGCCCAGCGCCUCCAAGCCACCCGCGCUGAGCUGGCCCGAGCCCAAGACCUGGUGUCGGAGCAGGCAGCGCAGCUCCAGGGAGCCAAGGAGGAGAACAGGAGGUGGAAGAAGCUGAUGGCCACCCAGCAGCUCCUCCUGCAAGCCGGCCCCAGCAGCUACUGCAAGUGCUACCUCUGUGACAAAGCCUUCGUGAGCGACGUCUUCCUGCGAGCCCACGUGCAGCGCCGGCACGCGGAGGCCACCGAAGCAGGCUUUGCAGAAAGGCAGAAGGUGAAGCGGGUGGAGCAAAUGGAGCAGGAGGUUGAGGAGCUGAAGGAGAAGCUGCGUGAGACACAGCAGCAGCUGGCAGCAGAGAGGGAGGCGGAGAAGCUGCACAGGGAGCAGGAAAAAGAGAGAGCUCACCAGCGAGAAGAGGAGAGCAGGAGAGAUUUGGAAAGGUGGAAAGAGGAGGAGAGGACGAAGCUGCACGCAGAGAUGGAUGGCCUGAGGCAGCUCUUCCUUGGGGAGCUGAAGGAUGUUGCCAGCAGGAGCAGUGCAAUGGAAGGGAAACUGCAGGAGCUGCAGGCCAGAGAGGCAGCAGUGUCCAGGCUGGGGACCCUGCAGGACGAUGACUCCGAGGAGAUGCAGUGGCAGACACCAAGCCGGACAGAGCAGGAGAGGACAGCAGUGCAGACCAAGCUGCUGUCUGCAAACAAGCCUGAAGUGACCCGGCAGGUGACCAAAGUGCUGGCUGCUGAAGAAUCCUCAGAAGAAGGUGGGGAGGAGGAUGCCCUGGGUGGGAGGCAGAGGCUGUUGGAAGCCCUGAGGAGAAACCCAAACCUCCUGAAGAAGUUUCGGCCCAUCCUGGAGGAAGCGCUGGAGGAAAAACUGGAGAGCAUGGGCAUCACGAGGGUGGUGACCGGGAUCUCCACUCAGACCUACCAGCACCUCCGGGCCGUGGUCAGGCUUCAGCAGCAGCAGAGGGCUGUGAAAUUUCCUGGUCUCCUCCACCUAAGGAGUGAGCUGAUCCAAGCGGUGAUGAAGAAAGUCAAGCAACGCAAGAAGCCUGGCAUUGCUGCCCCUCGGCAGCUCUCCAUCAUCCCAGGGACAGCCGUGUCCACAAGGGAGAAGCCCGUGGAGAGACGCCUGGUUGCAACCACACGGAGACCAGCUGGUGGGGUCAGCUCCUCCCAGCCCUGAGCUCAACAUCUCCCAGAGCCACCGGGAAACUCCAGUGAGGAUGAAAUUCUUGCCUUUAUCUGGCAAAGUGAAAAAAAGAAGUGGAGAUUUCUGGAACAAUUUGCAAGCCAUGGAAAUAGAGAGAGGGUCUCCUGCGUGGCAUCCUGAUUCAGCUGGGUUUUUCCAUCUGCGCUAAUUUUGCAAAUACAGGAUGAGCAUCCUGCCCAGAUGCCCCCCUUCACUCUCCCCGGGCUCAGUUUUCAGGUGACAGCAGUGACCUGGAGACCUCCUCCCUGGGACCUGGCCAAGCCACCAGCACCGGUGGCUGGUGACACAGGAGUGAGGGUCCCCGUUCAGCCAAGCCCUGUGUGAGGGACGCUUGGUGGUGGCAGGGAAAUGACAGUCCUCUGCCAGCAGCCACUGGAUGGUGCCACAAGACCAGGAACGAGCUGCAGCGCAGCAUCCCGCCGUGCCAGGAGCUUUCAGCAGCAUCCCCUGGGCUGGGGCCACCCGCUCCCACCAGGCCCGGUGCCUGUGGCUGCUGUACCUGUUGACAAGCCCAAAGAACAGCAUGGGAGGGAGAGAAGGCAGCUCUCCUUGACCUUGUGUCCCUCUCUGCCUGCUCUCCCGAGGAUCCGAGGAAGACCCUGGCCCAAACACAAGUGAGCAGAGGAGCAAGCCCCAGCUGCGGUUUCCUUCCUCCUUCCUUCUUGAGUGAGAACCCCAACCCAAAGGAUGACCCUCUGCAGCAUCACCAAGUGAGGCUGGCUCUGCUUGUAAUGCUCGUUGGUGUAAAUGAAGUGUGUUUUCGAAAUUCUCUCUGGCUUUUGUACAUCUGUAGCAGGGCGUGAGGUGAUCUUGAUCCCUCCAGAGCACAAAAUUUUAAAAAUGCAGCUCCUCAACUUCUCUGUUUUCCAAUCCACUCCACCACCAGUUCAAAUUUCUAUCUUUGCCUGUUCCUAAGCGCAAACAUUUGCACGUGCAUUUUAAUGCUAGGGAGCAGAAAGCCUGGCCAGGGCUGAGCAGAACAGGGUGAAUUCAUUUCAUUCCAUCAUGUAGCAGAAGUGCCUUCCAGAUAACGGCCUGCCAACAUGCAAAAGACCACCACGUAAUUUGUAAAUCCACAGGUCCCCAGGGAUGUAUGCAGUCCGCUGUGUGCAUAUACUCUCCCACAUUGUGUGGGUCUGUACGUACAAACCUUGAAAAGGAAUUGGUCAUUUUAAUCUUUCAAGGUGAAAUAAGAACUAUACCUGGUUUGUGUUAUUCUUUCUUUAGAAUGCUUUUGCCAGACAUGUUACUUUAUGGCUAAUUUAACAAAUGUUUUUCUUUUUGGUGAGUGGUGCUUGUAAGGAGAACUGUUUUUAAUUAAUUGAAUAAAGGGGGGAUGUUUUCAUGCCAUUCAGAGAACUGGAGUCAGUAUCUCAGAAAAAAAAAAAAAAAAAAAAAAAAAAAAAGAGCCUUUUACCUGUAAAAUAGGUGGAGGUAGGAGCAACCGUUUGCUCCUGUGUAAGGGGUGAUAAGAAAGGCAAUUCACACACCUCUGGGCUGUGCUGGCAUGAUCCACAACUGAUGGGAAAAGACAUUUUCUGCUCCAGAGAGUAAACAGCAGGACCAGGACAGCCAGCAGAAGCUGUUUCACCCCUACUACGUGGCAAGCUCAGUGUCAAGGCUGUGCCUUGCCCUGCACCUCCCUCUCCCAGCAGCUUCCCUUCCCUAUGCCAGAGAAUCAAAGAAAUCAAGCUGUGCCACCAACUGAUGGCCAGACCUCAGGGUGUGCAGCUCCUGUACACGUUCACCUGCAGACAAAUGCAGGAACCAGGCUUGUGUUCAUUUUUCCAGCAGUUCUCGUGCCUGCAGUGCUUUCCAGCUGCUCCAAGGAGCUUCGGGCACUCAACACUGAGCCCAGAUGGUGCCAGGCAGGUGGGGGAAAAAUUGCCUAAGAUUGGGAAACUCCAAAAGUACCCUUGUGCUAAAAGAAACAAAUAUAUAGAUAUACACAUGGUCAAGGCAUUUUUGUUUCAGACUGAAUGUUUUGAGCCAGCACGGUCCAUAGGAAAUGGCUCUCCAGGUGCUACAGGCUUCAGUGAGUAUAGGGGGAGGACAAACAGUGGACGUGGAAGAGCCAUGGGUUAGCACAGGCAAUGGGAGAGGAUGGAGGUGUUUUUUCUCUUGUGUUAUGGACUCCUACCUCCAGGAAAAUAUGAUUCUUCCCGUGCCUCCUUUUAGCGUGCUGUCCUCAAUGGGCUACAGCAGUGGGGACCUGCCGUGAGCCCUGUGCCCGCAGCAGUGCUGUGCAACCCUGCUGUGCCGCGCGAUGCCAAAGCACCAGGGAUGCUCCAGAGCAGGCAAAUCACCACAGUCAGGGGGAUGUAAAACAAAACCAACUGAAACAAAGCCAACAGAAAGCGCGUGGUGGCAGGGAAAGUCAGAAGUGCAAGCAGGGAUUCUUGCUCGCAGCUGGGUUUCAAUAGGCAGACAGGUGUCCUGAUAAUUCCUCCACACAAAGAUGUCUUUGUAACUGCAUUAAGGAAACAAAUUUGGCUUCUCCCGUGGGAGAGCCAGAGCAGAACAAAAGCUGACUCCAAAAUGCAUUUCCCUUACCCUGUAAAAACAAGAUGUUGCAAUGCCACGAAACAACACAACUUUAACAGCGAAACAAUGGGGAGGCUGCUGUGGGCAGAGCUGUUCCAUGCAAACCACAGCCGUCCUGCAUGCUGCCACCUCCUCCAGCACCUUGCAAAGCCCCAAAAUGCAUCCUCUCCCUCUCCAUCCUUUGCACCUGCUCUUCAGGUCAAAUCCUGCCCAGAUGUGGGCUAUGGUUUUGCCUUUCCUCCAGUGCAAGCAGCCUAGUGCUCACCCCUCUGCCCUGACCCACCAGCCCCAGGCAGGUGGCCCAAGCCCUCUCUUGCCCAAACUGCUCCCCUUAACUUCCCACAGGGCUUUGUUUUCCUCCCCCUCAUUUUUUUGACCUUGUCUUCAGUUUAUCAUAGCAUGGGAAGUUCUGCAGAGUCUUCACCAGUUUCUGAGCCUAGUUUUUCACACUAGAAGCAUCCCCUUUGGCUUCCUCCUCUCUGGAGUCCCUGGGUGAAGCAAGUUCAAAGCCAGCAGUGUGAAGGAAUAGCCAGUUUAAGGAAGGAGAAACCAUGCAAAUCAGGGGUCCCCUGUGGAAAUGGGACCGUUGCACUGCCACGUCACACUGGAUGGUCUAUGAAAAACCCGAGGAUGGACUGGCAAAACCAGCUGAUGCAUGCACAGGCAGCUUCCAUAUUGCAGAUACUGUGACAUGGCCAUACCAUUAAGGACAUCCAUGGGGCACACGCGUGACCCCCUUCCAUGGGUCAAUGAAGCACAGAUCCACUGAAGUUGCCUAUUGGGCCCUAGCCAGGAGCCUAAUCCCACUGGAGCGUAAUGCUCUUUGAAAGAAUAUAUUUUGUGUUUUGUUUCUCUCCGUGACAUUUGUCUUCAUGGGACGCCAUUUAUUGAUAAUGCUCUUAUAAAGCGUGAAUAUGUGUUGGACAAUUAGCAGAUAAUCAAACCACAGCACUAACGAUCUGUGAAUGCGAUGCAAUGCUCCCAAAUAACACAAAGCUGAAAAAAAAAAAUAAAGGAAAAGAAAAAUCCUAUCAAAUUUAUUCAGCUGGAAUAUCUCACCCAGAGAGCUAUUCUCCCAUAAUAUUUGGUGCAAGCAUGGUGUCAUAAAUCUUAGUGCUAUUAAUCCAUAGACUCAUUCAUCUCUGUUCAGCUAUAUAAAAGCAAUAACCUUGUCACUAUAGGAAGGAAGAUUGGGCUUUUAAUUGCAUAUAGAUUUCAGGAGAGUUCUUAUCUCAUAGUCCAAUUUGUAGCUUCAGAUAUGGGUCUUUGCUUCCCUUGGUCAAAGUCCAUGCAAAUCUGCCGUGCUCUCAUAGACUUAUAAAUGUUGCAGAAGCUCAGAAAGAACCUAUACAGAGCUCUGCUGGCAGAUAAUACACACAGCCUUUUCAGUGUCUGCUUUAUUAGACAAGCCUAUAUUUAAUUAGCUGCUUUGAAGCAGGAUGUGCGCUUUCAGAGGAUGAUAAAAUUCAUGGAAACAAAACCAUUGCUGAGUGCGGGCACACACACCCUCACAUCACCAACCACACUUUUUUCUCCAACUCAUCUCCCUUGGCCCUGCGACUC